AUGCGCACUUCAACCAUCUUCGCUCCUCUUUUCUUCGCGGCCACCACCCUCGCCCAGGCUGUCGAGGAGGGCAUCGCUCCCGACGCUCCUGCCCCUGAGGGCUGCCAGACCACUGUCGACACGCCCUUCCGGAUUGGCACGCUCGAGAACCCUACCCUGAGGAGGCGCGAGACGGCGCAAGAGGCAUCAGAUGGCGACCUCCUCUGCACUCUCGAAGACGGUAUCCUGCACGACCAAUACGGCCGCACAGGCUCCAUCGUAGCGAACCAACAAUUCCAGUUCGACGGCCCACCCCAAGCCGGCGCAAUCUACACAGGCGGCUUCUCAGUCUGCGGUAACGACUCGCUCGCCAUCGGAGGCAGCACACGCUGGUGGCGCUGCAUGAGCGGUGCUUUCGGCAACCUGUACGACCAGUGGAUCGGCGACCAAUGCCACGAGAUCCGUAUCCAGGCCAUCUACGACGAAUCCGCCUCGGCGAGCAGUAGUCGCAGCAGCAGCGAGGCAGCGAGCAGCACCACUUCGAGUGCCUUGUCGGGAUCUACUAGCAUCAUCUCUGCCAGCGAGACGAGUGGUUUGACCAGCGAGAGCAGGAGUAUGACUGGCUCUGGCUUCUCUUCUGCUACACCUUUCUCCAACAGCGCGACUGCUACUGGUUCUCAGGGUGCUGACGCGACUGCUACUGGUGGUGCGGCUGCUCCCCCCGCUGACGGUGCCGCUGCCUCGCUCUCCGUGGCUCCUUUCGCCAUGUUCGGCGCGUCAAUGGUGUUCCUCGGCGCUGCUUUGAUCCUCUAA